UUUUUUUUUUUUUUUGUAUAGGGCCCAAUUUUAAGUUUUAUCACCAUUAUAAUCGUAGCUAUUUCCAAUCACUAUUCAGGGAAUAAAUUUUUUAAACGACCCAAAUUAGGAAUUAAUUUUGAUUUAAACAAUUUCUAGGGAAAUCGUUCAAAGAAACCUCCUCCUGUUCCCUCUCUCAGUUCUCCAUUGAAGCGCACUCAACAUUCUCCACUGAAGCGCACUUCACGUUUUCAGCAGCUUCUAAGACAACGAGGUUUCACAAUGUCUGAAGCAAAAGAUAAUGAAAUUGGCGAUAUCGAUUUCGCUUGGGGUAUAAAGAGAGGGCGUGGUGGCCAAAAGAAGGAGGUGCAGUUCUAUGACUCUUUUACGUACGGUGGUGUGGAAUACUUUCUCUACGAUUCCGUAUAUUUGUUUAAAGAAGGUGAAGGCAAACCUUAUAUCGGUAAGCUUAUCAAAAUUUGGGAACAUACAACUACUAAUGCAAGAAAGGUUAAAGUACUUUGGUUUUUCUAUCCUUGGGAAAUAUCAAAUUAUCUGAACGGUGAGAAUGUGUUGGAAAAUGAGCUAUUUCUAGCGAGUGGUGUUGGCAAAGGCUUGGCAAAUAUUAAUCCCUUGGAAGCAAUUGCUGGGAAGUGCAAUGUUGUUUGCAUUUCAAAAGACGAGAGAAAUCGGCAACCCUCAGCUCAAGAACUUAAGAUGGCGCACCAUGUAUUUUAUCGCACAUUUGAUGUCCAAAAUCAUACUGUUUCGGAUACACUGGGUGAAACAAUAGCCAUGACUGAGGUCAAUUUGUUAUUAAACAAAAAUGAUUUCCAGUCCCUUGAUCUUUGUGUGGUAGAUAGUGGGAAUACCGCUGUGUGUUUAGAGGAAUCAUUGAUUUCUUAUAAAUAUAUUCUUGGGGCUGAUGGUACUAUGGAGCGUGAUGCCAGUAUAGGCUCUCUAUUGCUGAAAGAUAAACAAGAGGCAAAAAGUUCUUUGGAUAAGUCAAAACGUCAUCAUGUAAGAAACACUGAUGUUGAUGAACCUGAUAAUUCCGAUUUAGUGGCAGGAAGGGAGAAAAUGCUGGUCAAUAAAGAUCCUAAAGGAGUAGAUGAGGAUGAAAAUUACGAUGAUAAAGGUUUGAAAGGAGAUGGCAAUGCUGAUGUACCUGAUGGUCUUGGUCUAGUGGUUUUACCUGUUACUGAAGCAGCCUCUGCUUCUAGUGGGCAAAAAAGAUCAAGAGCACCUGAUUCCAAGAAAAAUGACGUGAAUGAGAAAGGUGUGGUUCCACCUGUUGCUGCUGCUGACAACAAAAAAUCAAAACUAGUGAAGGACAAUCACCAGGCUAUUGUUGCUGGUGCAAAAGUGAAGUCUGAUCACUCUGAUGACAAGCCAUUCAAAAAAAUCAAAAUUAUUGGCACUGAUCUGCUAUCAAGUGCCAAUGGUGGGACUAGCACUCCAAAAUCUGCCACUGUUGUGAGCAAUAAGGGUUCUCAAUCUGCUGUUGGUGUUGGUAUAGAUUCUAAUAAGAGAGGCAGGCUGAUCAAAGAAUCCAAUGUUAUAAGCAUUGGCCUUUCUAAAAAGCUUAAGUCAGAAGACAAAUCUGAUGACAAGCUGCUUGACGUAUCUGCCAAACAAUCCCAAGAUAAGGAGGGGUCUGCUGCCCUUUACAUUUCAGCUAAUAAGGCUUCACAAUCUUUUAAUGGCGAUGCUGAAACUGAUGAUAAAGGCAAAUUUAGUAGGAAAAUAGCUGGUACAAGUAAUGGCCUUUCAAAAAAGCUAAAGUCCAAUAGCAUGGUAGGGGAUAAAUCCAAUGAUAAUUUGCGUAAAGCACUCAUUAAGAAUCCCAAAGAUGAGGAAGCUUAUGGUUGUGUUAAGCAAGUCACUCAACGACCACCUGACCGGAGUAAAUGGUUCACAGCAAGUCCUUGGGAAGAAAGGAUGAAAGAUGCCCAUGAUCAGGGAAGACUUGUUCUACUUCAAAACUUGGACCCAACCUUCACCUCCUCCGAUGUCGAGAAUAUAGUUUGGCAUGGUUUUGGUGAAAGUUGCAAUGCAAAGGUGGUUCAACAUAAUGCAACAUCUAGUCGACGUUUUGGACAAGCAUUUGUCAUCUUCAAAACACGGGAUUUAGCAGAGAAGAUCAUAAAAAGGUUGGACAAAGAGUGCUUAAUGCUCCAAAAUGGAAGGCCUCUUGUUGGCAGUAGAUAUGGUUUAUGCUUUCCUGGAAAGCCUUCUCAGUUUCCUGGUCACCUGAUCGUUGAUAAACUUAGACACCAAAUGCAGCGGGAAACGAGAGAUGCCGUGUCUACUUCACAUUCUGCUCAGCCAAAUACUCUUGAAUACGAAAUGGCACUUGAGUGGCGCUUACUUCAGGAAAGAUCAGAAUUGUCAUGGAAGAUGUUGUACAAGAAACAAGAAGAACAGAUUAAAAAAAUAAUGGCCAAUGAGAAGUCAAAAUGAGGUAGUUGGUCUUUUGCAGCUCUAGCUUUCGACAACUUGUGUAGAAUUUAACUCUCUCCAAACUUGCUGUGAAGUCGAGUAACAUCUUACUUUCUUUUGGACUUGGUCUAUGUUAAACAUGUCAUCAUGGACCAGAUUUGACCUUCCGGUAGGGAUGGUUGCUGUUGAAAUUUUGGAUGAUUUUAGCUCAGCAGCAUCUAGAGACUUCUGUGGUGGUGGUUAGUAGCAUUGUGUCUCGUAUGUACACAAUUUUUCUCACCACCUUUGCUAUCCUCUUAAGUCACAAACAAAAGUGUACAUAUCUGUAAAUCUACAAAACUCUCGGUCUCCCUUUUGCUCUGGUAAUGACAAUCAUUAGUGUUUGUUGACAUUGCUUAUAGCGUUGUGCAGUCUUUUCGUUUCAAUGUUUUAUACGAGUAUUAUCUUCGCUGCCGUCAUUAAUUGCUAUAUUGGCGAAUUAGGUUUGCCUGCAAUGUUUCACUAUCUACCUAUUUGUUUUAACAAAAUUAUGUUUUUAAAUUCAAUUCAAUUCACAUCAGCUUCAUUCAGUUCAAAGGAAACAGGGUUUUUGUGGUAGUUGGGGUCACUCUAAUUUUGAAUAUUGCUUUUGGAAUUUCACAAGGUUUGAGAUAGCUAAUCGAAUAAAACUUACAACACAGUUUAAAGCAAGUGAGAAAGUAUUAUUUGGUAUUUUCAUUAAUUGAUGUGUGACCAGCUCACCACCUUACAUGCCAAGUAUGAAAAAUAUCAUACUACCUAGUGCAUAAACGGUAUUGUUCCAUGAUCAUGUUAAUGGGAUGCAAUGUUGUUGGAUAUUGAGUUUAAUUGAUAGUUAAUUUAGUGUUGAUAGUAGUUUUCAUACUGUUCAUUGUUAUAGGGAGGGUAAUAACGUAACCAAUAAGUUAGUUAAUAUGCGAGUCGUCCAAGAGGAGAAGGUGUCUUAUUGUGAUGAUCUUUUGACUGAAAUAAGGAAUCUUCUUCGGGAGGAUGUUAUUAAGGUGGCUUUGCUACGUGUAGUAGUUUAGUCUUUGUUUUUGUAAUGGGCUUGGCCCUCUUAUGCAAUAUGCACCAAACCAAAAAAAAAAAUUUAGUGUUUUAAUCCGGAAAGUCACUUUUUCUUAUCCUUUUUGUUCUUCGAUCUUUGUUCUGAUUUUAAUUUUUUUUUUUUCAGGAAAAAAAUUUCCAAAUGGAAAGAUUUAAGAGAAUUGGAGGGGGAAAGUAGUUCUUCCUCUUGACUUCUGAGAAUUCAAAACUAAUCUUCAAUUCUUUUGUUACAUUAGACUAAAAUACGGAAGUAGUAUAUUUUGAACUUAUUGUUUACCUUGCAAUGCCCCCACAAAUAAUUUUUUUUUUUUUUUUUUUUUUUUUUUUGACAUAUGCUUAAUAGAUGGAAUAAAAGUAUUACACACUACAAAUUAAGUUAACUAAACUACUCAAAGAAGUUUUACUAGCUUCAAUGUUACAAAGAUUACACCUAAAAUUACAAAGCAAAUUCCUUACAAGAAACAAUCAGUUUGAAAUCCGUGGAUAUGCCUUUGAACAUGCUUCAUGAGGUACUAGAUAUUACCCUUUGUUUGCUUUGUACUACGUAUCCUAUCUUCCAUUGAGCCUGGAAAAUGAAUAAAAGUGCAUAUAGUACAUAGU